AUGCUGACAUUCAUGGAGCAUCAUCCUAAUAUAGAAUGCCUCGCAUGGCCUAUGGAUGGGUUUUAUGACUGCUGUAGGCCGUCUGAAGAUGAUCGAGAGGUUCUUGAACGCGCUGCUCUCGUUGUUACCAAUCUAGGACGUACCUUGACAACCCUUCGCGUUGACUGCUAUUAUACAUCGAGGGGUGAGCCGCAAACCGACGAAGACAACGACUUUGAGGCAAAGAAAUUGCGAGUUCGGCGUCGACGUUUCAUCAGUGAAUUUGCAGCCCAUAUGACCAAGCUUAAAGUUUUGAAAGUCGAAGGCGGCAUACCACGAGACGAGAAACGUGAACUUAUAGCUGCUACACACCAUUCUCCUCUUGAAAAAAUCGUAAUGAUCGGAGUCAGCUGUCCCCUGGGUAACACGUGGGGGGUAAACGGCGAUGAUCUCGCGGCAAUUGAUGAAGGGCAUCUGCAGUUUCAUGGCCUGCUGGAGCCAGAACCUGAGGAGGCUUUGAUCGAGAACACAAAAUCUGAUCUGGUACCAGCGACUGGCAAGGUUCCAUUCAAAGCUGAAUACGGCUGGCCCCCUGGACCGUCGCUCCUGCACUCUAUCGCCAUGCAUCAUGCAUCGACGCUCACAGAGCUCAAGUUUUGCGGAUACAAUGGAUCCCCUGUCCUGCAUAGACCUACGGCAGUUACAUCCCUGUUGCUGCAUCAUCUUCGCCACUUCCAUAAGAUACGUAAGGUAAUCAUGAGCUUCUGGCUGCUCACUUUUUUCGAUUUUGAUUGGAGAGAGCCCGAAAUCAUUGAUUACUGGGUGAAUGCGCGCGACCCUAGCUCAUUGGCACUUCAGCCAGAACCUGAACCAGCUUUACCACCAGCACCACCAACGGAAGCUCCUAGCUGGGAGCAGAUGGUUUCCGCAGAUGUGGGGCUGGAUGCUGACGGGGACACAUCAAUGCAAGAGGCGUCUUCUUUGCCUGUAGAGUUGAGCAGCACAAUGAAUGCUCUCGCAGCUUUGAGUGGCGAUGUCAAUUCUGGCGGCAAUGUGACCGCAGAUGCAAUGAUGGUGGCCGCGCUUAGUACCGGCAUUGUAGGGCCUACGCAGGAGCAGAGUAACAACGUUGUGCCAAACGAUUCUGACAAUUCUGUUCCGACAAUGCAUCCUCCAGACAUGGAAAACCAAGACGUCACAGCACCUCCAGUCCCAACGCCUGAGACGAAUCCUUUAGAUAUCGCUCUGAAGCAGUAUAUUUCGCCUCCGGCACUCUCCAAAGGCGUGUAUGAUAUCUUGGGCCCACAUCUUUCUCCAAUCGCCAAAGCGAAUGGCGUGCGACUACGAGCGAGUUUCUGCUUAGGCGUGGAAAGUGGAGAUAUAUUUGAUCUUGACUUUGACGUGGACGCGAAUGGCGUCGUUGAAGGCAGCUGGAUUGGGCCGAGAGAGGAGAGCGAGAGAGACAGAUGGUGGGGCAAAUUAGAAAAUCGAGGAUGGUUUGCUUAG